CGCGCCCCGCGCCUGCCUCCCCAGCCCGGCCCGGCCAGGCGCUGCCCACCCGAGGGAGUCCGCGCCCCGCGACCGCCCGACCCUCCACCCGCCCCACGAGCCGGGCACCUGUGCCAGCCCUGCUGAAUAACCGAGGAGACCUACGGAGCGAUCACCAUGAGUAUCUCAGCUCUCGGUGGCAGCACCAAAGGGAAGCCUCUGCCACCUGGCGAGGAGGAGCGCAAUAAUGUCCUCAAGCAAAUGAAAGUGCGAACCACGCUGAAGGGGGACAAGAGCUGGAUCACCAAGCAGGACGAAUCGGAGGGCUGCACCAUAGAGCUGCCGUCAGGCCGGAGUCGUGCCACAUCCUUCUCAUCCGCUGGGGAGGUUCCAAAGUCCAGGCCUCCGAGCACCAGGGCUCCCACUGGCUACAUCAUCCGGGGAGUGUUCACCAGGCCUAUAGACAGCUCUUCCCAGCCUCAGCAGCAGUUCCCCAAGGCCAAUGGGACUACGAAAAGUGCUGCCACUCUGGUGAGAACACCUAACACCGGUCCUCCCCGCCCUUCCUCCUCUGGCUACAAGAUGACCACUGAGGAUUACAAGAAGCUGGCACCCUACAAUGUCAGGCGCAGCUCUACCUCAGGGGACACCGAGGAGGAGGAGGAGGUGCCUUUCUCGUCAGAUGAACCGAAACGGAGCACUCCUACACAGGAGACACAGGCUCCGUUUAUUGCGAAGAGGGUGGAGGUGGUGGAAGAGGACGGGCCUUCAGAGAAGAGCCGCGGCCCACCUGCUCUGGCAAGAUCCACUCCUAGCUCAAACAGGUCUUCCCCAGGCCACAAAGACAAGGAGGCUCCCUGCUCCAGAGAGCUCCAGAGGGACUUGGCUGGCGAGGAGGCCUUCAGGGGCCCCAACACAGAUGAUGAAAGGUCAAGUGCACAGUUGAGUGAUGGCAAUGUGGGAUCCGGAGCCCCGGGCUCCCGGCUUGAAGGCGUGGCUGCAGUAGACAUCGGCUCCAAGAGAGAAAGGUGAGCUGCCCAGGGGAGGCAUGUUCUCUCAUGCCCCUGGUGACAGG